CGCUCACCUUCGGCUCGCUCGUUAAAUGAAUAUUUUACUAAUAACAGAACAGUUUGUCAAGUCAAAUACUGCUACAGUCGAUAUCAAAGCAAUCUACUGUUACUACUGUUACCCUUAAAAUAUGUCUAUUCUCCCCAAUGCUAAGUGUUUCAUAAUUUCAUAAAAAGUCAAAGCAGAAGCAGCUCUGCGCGCAAUCCGCUAGAUGACGUUAUUCAAAUUUCACUUUCCCGGGAAAUAAAAUUGAAAAAGUAUUGUUUAGAAAUGGGCCACGUUUAUCGACAGGCAGUAUGGAAAACAGCGAAACGUUUCGGGUUGGUAUGCGACCACACGUGUAUCAACAUCGUGGACCCCUCCCUCUUCCUAAAAACUAUCGCUACUUGAAGAUGAUCUUCCUGAGUAAAAGCCGCGUGCUAACCGAGCGUGGGCACAGACAGCAUCAUGAGCUUGGCAACAACAUUAGUGCUUCUACUGGCAACAGCGUCGAUCACCUUGACGAGGUCUCAGGAGACGGAGAUCUCGGCUAAGGAUGCGACACAGGCCCCCAUAAAACUGGACAAGAAUCUCCGACAGGCUCUGCUGAAGGCUCUGACCGACCUGGAAGCCGAAUCUGCCGAGCAGCGCAGAGAGGACUCCAUCAUGCAGAGAGACACGUCGAACUUCGAGGGAGUAGCGAAGAAGAACCUGAACAACGAUAUCGGGGUGAAGAAGAGCUCGUACUCGUUCAAGAAUUUCCCCGGGGACGAGGAUGUACCUAGCGAGGACAAGCUGCAGAAUUCCAGUUUCGACGAGGCGGUCCGUUACGUAACCCUGAAGACACCUGCGAUGAACAUCGAGAAGGCCUCGAUGGAUGACGCCAGAAGCUUUCACGUGCAGAAUGUGAUUCUGCCGGAUAAGAGUUCCUCGUUUGGAGGCAAAGCCGAAUCCAAAUUGGACCAGCAAGGGUCGAAGAGUCCACAGGCUACCGGCAACACUUUCUCCGUGACCAAGGUGGAAAGUUUGACGUUGAAACCAGCUACGCAGAUCGGGAGCCUGGCGAGAAGCGCUACGAACAGUAUAGCGACGGCUAACGCGCUGGUUGCUCAAAAGCCUACUCAGUCUACAGGGAACGUGACCAGUUCUAGCGACAGUAAGGACAAGACCGAGGAGGUUAAGAUCUUUCAGGCACCCUUGGUGGCCGCGUUCACCGUUCAGCAGGAUGAGCAGGGUGUGCCGAAGAGCGUGGUGCCCAUAUUCAGGUCGCCUAACGAUGGACAGGCGUUGACUCUUCAAGAACAGUUGGAGUUCAAGCAGCAGCUGCUGGAGAAGCAGUUGGCGGAGCUGCAGCAGCAACAAAUUCAGCAAACGCAGUUCCUGGUGAGGCAACAGCAUCUCUAUGAGCAGCAGGUUAGACAGAAACAGCAGCAGUACUAUUUACAGGAGCAAGCCAGGAUCAAGCAGCUGGAGGAGCAAGCUAGGAUCAAGCAGUUGGAAGAGCAGGCUAAGUUCAAGAGACUAGAAGAGCAGAGGAUUAAACAGUUGGAGGAGCAACGUUUCAAGUUCGAAGAUCAGAGACUACACCGGUUCCAGCAACGUCCGCAAAAGCUGUUCUUCCCAGAACAGAACAAUAAUUUCCUGUCGUUCCAACAAGGCGUCGAACCUAACGUUCAUCUUCAGCCCAGUGUCACUCUGGAAGUACCCUCCGCCGCUGCGCCUCCGCCCUUCCAACCAAAUUUCCAAGAACAACUGCGUCUACCGUUCCAACCGCAGCUGCAUACAGUGCAGCAACAACAACUGCAGCAACCGCAACAAUUGCAGCCACAACAACUGCAGCAGCAAAGACUCCAGCAGAGCUUCGGCUCCUUCUCCGAGUUCCAGCCUCCGUCGACCAGAUUCAACCGACAGGAAGCCUUCAACGCGGUAGGCAACUUCGGCUUCAACGUGGACAACAAGAUCAAUCCCAGCAACCAACACAGAAGCAACUUCGGCUUCAACCCGCCUCAAAGAAGUCCCGCGAACUUCUACAACCCUUUCAACCAGUACAGGCAAAAUAAACCUGCCACGCCAGCUAAACAGAUACAACACUUGCUGUAUCAAUCGGGUAUCGCCGGCGAUUUGAAUAACGUGCAGGGAAUUGGCAACCAGGAGGACCUGAACAUCGUCUCCAAAGUGCUGGCGUUGAACGUGGGCGCUGUGCCAAAUAAGAAUCUGCAGUAUUCGAACCCUGGGACAACGUUCGGCAGAACAUCUGCGUGAAGAAAAAUGAAGUUAGAUGGAUCAUGUAAAUCAAUGUAGGACGAUAUGAGUCAGGUGAAAUCGAGCUCUCACUUUUCCCUCUUUCAUCUUGAUCAUCGGUUUCGAAUUUGAAGCUUGAAGGACUACAGUGGACAUUCGGGAGGUUAGGUGUGGUUGUGCAUAACUUGUAGUCACAAAUUUUUUGCUGUAUCUUUGAAGGUUUUGCCCAGGUUUGCACAAGGUAUUGUUUGCAUCAAGGAAUCGCCGGGCAGCAUAACAAGCUCUAAUAGAGAAAAUGAUGAUAUAAUGGUUCUCUCUCUUAUGUUAUCAUUCGGCAUCAUUCACCAUGGCUUUCUUAUGCCGAUCAUAUCGCGGGCAGUUUACUCGCCACUUAUUACGAUACGAGACAAAACACGCGAUCAAAUUUCUCGCAAUUAACGAUUCAGUUAUUAAUAGCGAACACGCAAUCGUGAAAGUCUAAAGACGUCGCUCGUAAAUAGAAGAUUCGGUCAAUGGAAUGCAUUUGGUGUAUUGUAGUCAGCGAACACGGUAAUCCCGAGCAAUUCCAAGUGAAAUCGAACCGAAACGUUCGCAUAACUAUGCAACGGUUCCAUCGUGCGUGGGAUCGUAACGGCUCCCGAAGAAAAACAACUUUCCACGUAGUCCUCGUAAUAAGGAAGUCCUUAAAAGACCAUAAUGAUAUUAAUUAACAUCAGAACGUUUUUUAAAAUAGAAUCCUUCAAAUUACGCAACCACGUUGCAAUAUACAUACAUAGAGUAUAUAGAGUAUAUACACAGAGUAUCCCAAAAAUAUCCAAUAGGGACAAAUAUGAACUGAAAAUUAUUUUCACUACUCGCCAAGUUUUUGGGACACCCUGUAUACUCGCUAUUUUUGCUGCCUAUCAAUUUCGCUUUCUUCUUUCACUCUUUUCAUUCAUUUCCCGUAAUUAUACCCUGCUAACAAGUUUCAUCGUGAAACGUGCUCAAUCGUAGAGAACCUAGGCCGUGAAACUUCAAUCUUGGUAAUGAAUGAUUGCAUACUGCCAUUUCACGGUAUCUGUAAAUCGUAACGAUAUUUAUCGUAACUGUAACACUUUCAGGGAAGAGGAUGACAGUCGAUAAUUUCAACAUCCAUGACAUACACAUGGUGUACCUAAUGGUGGGCAUUCUCUAAUAAAUCCAAUCGCUUUGAUAUCAAAACCUGAAACUAAAGUACAUACAGUAUAAACGUAUAAUGUAUGGUAUUACAUAAUUAAUAUACAUACCAAACAUUACGUUCAUCAGUCGCUUUUCGUUGAAAAUUAAAAUGCAACUUAAGUAGCCCAGCAGUAGGUGUAUCUCUAAGCGACAAUUAUUUAUCUCUAGGUGUAUGUAUAUAUGUAGUAUGUACAUGUAGGACAAGCUAGCACGGACGUGGCGCCACGAGUAGUUCAACUCUCCUUUGAGAUCAGGGGUCUCGCAAAAUCGUGCAUCCGACGCUUGAAAAUACUUCGUCGACUGUAAAUAAACUUUCGCCAGGACGAAGGUUCACAAUGCUAUCGUGGAAGCACCGCACUUGCUGUGUGUGGUUUGUGUACGUGUGUGUCCUCAAUUUCACGAGCGUUUGGCAUAGAUUCGAGAUUUCUCUCCGUGGACGUAUUGAUGAAUAUCCUGCGGGGGUAGUCGUGAACCGAUGUCGACUUCAAGCAUUAAUUAUUCGCUAAUUUGUUUAUGUGAUUCUGAAAAGUAAAAAACGAAUGAGAAACGUGCGUCCGGAAGCGAUUUGCGGGAAAGAAAUGUGUACGGAUUACGAGUGCGCACUUUCAUCCUCGAAUGUCUGUUGAAAUUUAAAUUUACGUUACAUAUUACUAUAACAUAAGACGUAGAUUACUCUAGACGUAACCGACAAGUUUUGCUUGUAAUUUAUCUGACGCCAAACUGUACGAAUCUUUGUAUAAAUGUUAAUAAACUAAUUCGUUUAAAAAAUAA